AGUUUUCUUACUUCAUUUUUAUUUUUUUUUAUUUUAAAAAAUAAUAGAGAAAGAAAAGGGAAAAGAGAAUAGAUAUUGGUUUUGUUUGUUUCUUGGGUGGAUCCGUGUUCUCGCAUCAUCAGCGAGGUAUUGUUCAGGUUGAUUUCGUUUUUUCGGUUUCGGAGAUGGAUUCGGAGGAUUUCCGAUCCAUAUUGGAGAGUGCCGGCGCCGACGUUUGGACGCUGAUCGACACCGCCAUCGCGGUCGCCUCCGUCGAUCACGGCGACGAGUUGAAGCGCCGGAGAGACGGAAUCGUCGAGCGCCUUUACGUCGCGAGUUCAGCGCCGCCGCGGUGUCGAAAUUGCGAGCCGGACGACGGUGAAAUCAAGACGCGGAACAGUCCCUCCGCGGCGGAGGCAAAGGAUCCUCACGGAGGCUUGGUCGACGACGAGCAGAUGAAGAUUCUAGAGAUUAAAGAGCAACUCGAAGAUCCUCACCAGUCUGAAGAUUCAUUGGUGGAGUUGUUACAGAAUCUAGCAGAUAUGGAUAUUACAUUCCAAGCGUUAGGAAAAACUGACAUUGGUAGGCAUGUGAAUCGUUUGCGGAAGCAUUCGUCCAAUGAUGUUAAGAGAUUGGUGAAGUUACUCGUCAGGAAGUGGAAGGAAAUUGUAGACGAAUGGGUGAAGUCGAGGACAACGGGAGAAGCGGGUACUGCUGUCAUGGCUGAUGGGGACUCACCUCAACAGAAAAGCCUACAAAAUGGGCAUCGUCAGGUUGAAGAAAUCUUUUUGAUCAUUAUUCAGAAAGCCAAGCUUUCAAGCUUUCUGAUAUUCUAUUCCUUUUUGCAGAUUCUUGAUUUUGCAUAUUCGCCUAAUCCACACAAUGGGAGUUUUGGGUCAGAGAUCAACAAUAUUGAACCACAACAACUAAAACCAAAAGCAAUUCCUCGCAAAGAAGCUCCCCCAAAACCACCGCCAUCAGUCACUAAUCCUGCUCCUGCUCCUCAAAAUAGACAGAGCGUUAUCAAUAUUGACUUGGAUAGAUUUGAUUCAGCUAGAAAACGACUUCAAGAGAACUACAAAGAGGCUGCAAAUGCCAAAAAGCAAAGAACGAUUCAGGUGAUGGACCUCCAUGAUUUACCAAAACCCAAGAAUGCCUUCUUUGGAAAAAACAAAGGCGGCAACGGUCAGGGAAGGCACUAGUUGACACCCAUGUAUGUGGCAAGUUACGUGUAGAAAGGCCUUUUUGUGGGUUACUGAUGCCACAUAGUCCUAAGAAGGUAUCGCUACUUAAUAUAUGAAGCCCCAACCAAAUCCAUGAUAAUUUUAUUUGCCAAACUAUCUGUUUUUGGAAUGUGGGUUUGGUGAGGAGCCCAUGAUGAUUUCAGCAUCUGAAUGAAGAUGUUUGGGGGAUGACUUUUUGAUAUUUAAAACAUUAUUUUUAGGGUUGGAGCCUGAAGGGUAUUGUUAAUGUUUUACUCUGAUGCUCCAAUAAAGUCUGUUUAGCUUGAUUUUUGUUCUUGUUCUUAUCUUAAUGCCACAUCCAACAAUUUCAGCCAGCCAAAUCAAGAGUUGACUACUUCUUACUACCA